AUGUCUUCAGGACAAUCAGGCACGGUACCUGAUACAAACCCAAGCGGUGCGGGGACGCAGGUCGAAGUAGACGACUUCGGACUACCCAUACGACCAAAGAAGGAGAGAAAUAGUUCAGAAAACUCCAAUCCCGCCUCGCCAGUCUUUCACGACGCUUCAAAAACACCGGCUUCUACCGAUGACGUUCCGCCUCAAUCCCAAGACCAUCCGGCAACGACGAGUAACCAUGUCGAAACGAACAAGGAAACAAACAAGGGGGAUGUUGUCCAGAGGGAUGAAGCUCAGGCUGUCGCUCCGCUUGCCGGGCUAGGCGUUACCAUUGAAAGUCACAGUGGUUCCGAGUCGCAGAACAAUAAAGACUCUGUGGACGAAUCACCAGUGCAGCGGCAAUCGACAGACGUCAAAGAAGAAAAGCGUACCCACGCCAAACAUGACUCGAUGGGUGCUUCCGAGUGGUCUCACCAGAAACUUACUGAGCAACAUUCCGACGAAGAAAGUGAUGGAGAAGGAGACUGGAAAGCCAUGCCCGCCCUCGGUGAGAUGGACCAUUAUGAUGAUUACGGAAGAUUAGUCGCAAAAGGCUCGAAGCUGGACGAUGAUGACUAUAUGGAUUCUUCAGCCGUUAGCCGCGGCUAUACACGUGUGCAAUUUGAUGAUGAUGCUCAUUCUGUAACAAGUAUGGACGAAGAUACGAACUAUCUCUUCAAAGAAGGUCACGGAACCUCGGCGGGUAUUGAUGAUGACACUCGCGAUCCUCUCAGCCAACUCCAGGCUACAAAGGAUCUUCUAAGUGAGAGUCAACGCAUUGCUUAUGUUGGCGUUGUGCGCCUUGCUAUAUACCAAAUGACCAGUGAUAUGGAAAAGAUUCCUACAACAAAAUCUUCCAAAAAAGCGUUGCAAGACGCCGUGGACUCAAUGAAGAAAUGGAGCCAAGGGGUGAUGAUACGAUUAUUCGCUCAUAUGGAUAUUGACUCCGCAGAGCAAGUCAUGAUUGAGCAACUUGCUGAGCAUGGAGUGCAAGCAGCAGAUCUUGUUGAUCCUCUUAUGAAGAAUUCUCGGGUUAAGAACCCAAUGGCUGAGGAAGGACAACCUUCCCUUGGGGUUUCCUCUUCGAGCUCGCCGAGACUUGCAAAUGAAAAGCAAAAUAUUUCUCCUCCCCUGAACGGGUCACCUCCUGCUUAUGAGGAAGCGCAAUCUCCUCCACCUUACGGUGGGGCAGCCGAUGAAGUGCCCACAGUUCAGACGCCUUCUCAGAUGCCUAAAUCAGCCAAUAUAGAGAUUGACCUUCGAUGGACCGUACUUUGUGAUUUAUUCCUUGUUCUUAUAUCAGAAGCAAGUUACGAUGCCCGCUCUCGUUACCUGCUCGAACAGGUGGGCGAAGCAAUGAAAAUAUCAUGGAUGCAAAUCUGUCGGUUUGAGAAGAAAGUUAUCGAUGCGCUUGAAAUGGAGCAAGCCGCCGAGAAGGAAACCUGGGAUGAGUCGGAGCAUAUGGAACAACGACGCAAGAAGGCACUAAAGUCAAAGUAUGUAAUUAUGGGCCUUGCGACUGUUGGAGGUGGGUUAGUCAUUGGUCUAUCUGCAGGCUUGUUAGCACCAGUCAUUGGUGCCGGUCUGGCAGCUGGAUUCACAACUAUUGGAAUUUCUGGAACGGGUGCUUUUCUGGGAGGAGCUGGUGGUACUGCGUUGAUCGCUUCUGGUGCAACACUCACGGGUACCUAUUCGGGUCUAAAAGCCUCGCAUCGCCGAACAGGCGCGGUUCAGACUUUUGAAUAUCGUCCGCUACAUAACAAUCAACGAGUCAAUCUCAUCGUUACUGUUUCAGGGUGGAUGACGGGCAAAGUUGACGACGUUCGCUUGCCUUUUAGUACAGUCGAUCCUAUCAUGGGCGAUCUUUAUUCGGUUUUCUGGGAACCGGAAAUGCUUCAGAGUAUGGGUUCUACUAUCAACAUUCUGGCAACAGAGGCUCUUACUCAAGGUUUACAACAAGUUCUCGGUAGCACUAUCCUAACAGCGUUGAUGGGAGCUUUGCAACUUCCCAUCGUCCUUACCAAACUUGCUUAUCUCAUUGACAACCCCUGGAAUGUCUCGUUGGUACGAGCCAAUGCCGCUGGUUUGAUUCUUGCGGACUCUAUAAUGAGUCGCAACCUUGGGAAAAGACCCAUUACGCUUCUCGGCUUUUCUCUUGGUUCACGAGUGAUAUUCUCCUGUCUCAAAGAGCUUGCCAAAAGGGGAGCUUACGGCCUCGUUCAGAAUGUCUACAUGUUUGGUUCACCGAUUGUGGCCAACAAGGACGAUUACCUCAAAGUGCGAAGCGUUGUAGUCGGCAGAUUUGUGAAUGGCUACUCCUCUAACGAUUGGAUUCUCGGUUACUUGUUCAGAGCCACUAGCGGAGGCAUCAUGCGUGUAGCGGGUCUCGGCCCUGUUCUCGGUAUUCCGGGCAUGGAGAACUUUGAUGUUACGAGAUUGGUCAGCGGCCACAUGAACUAUCGUGCAGCAAUGCCCAGGUUAUUACGUGAAGUUGGCUGGGAAGUGUUGAGUGACGAGUUUGCAGAAAUCGAGGAUCCGGAUCCCGAUAAUCAUGCGGAGCGACAGCGAGAACUCAUACGUGAGAUUGACGAAGCACGAAGGGAAGCAGAGCAGAAACCGGAUAAAAAAAGAUUCGGUCUCUUCAAGAAAUCAACUUUGGCGAAAAAGAAAGGCUGGGAGACAUACGAUCCAAAUCAGGAAGGUCCUAUGCCACAUCCUGAUUCACCUAAUUCAUCGUCUGGGCGCGACAGCGUUUUGUUCGAUAUUGACGCCAUCAGAGCAGAACUAGCAUCAGAGCAGAUUGAAGUCAAGCAACUUGAAUCGACUUUGCCUCCGAUAAAGCUGGAUUUGAACAACCAAAGCACUGAUCGUCCUGAGUUACGACCAUCCAAAAGUGAAAAUGAUGCUAGCACUUUAGCCAACAGUCUGCCAUCUACCACAAAGAAUCCCCCCAAGAUUCCUUCCGCUGCACCAGCAAGCAGUAACUCAGACACAAAACAUAACGAUUACCCGAAUGAGCACAAUUACGAACCCGAGGAAGAAGAUAUUCAAUUGACUUUCGACACGGCAUACCAUAAUACAUCGACGACAAACACUCCGCUUAGCACCUCAAAUUUCGAUAAUAGAUAUAAUUAUAAUAACAAUAGUAAUAACAGACUCCACGACCAAGAUAUCUCCUCAAUGAGUCGGCCGCCACUACAUUCCGCUGCAAGCAUGCCAGGCGAUUUUGGACACAACGCUUGGGCUGAAGGUACAAAUCAUGACGAGGGUGAGAUUCAUAUGACUUUUGAAUGA